AUGACUGGGUCCAAAACUCUGAUCUUGACAUCGACCUACCCCUCGGGGUUCUCCCCACGGCCGACAGCUCAUGAACGACUACGCCGCCGGUUCAUCACAAUAUUGCAUGGUGCGAGCUGGCUGGCUAGCUUGAUCGCCAUCUCGCUCUUUGCGGCGGCCAUUCCUGCGUGGAACAAGAAUUUCUUCCACAGUACUGGCCCGAACCGCGGCGACUGGACCGACGGCAUGUCACUGGGACCGCUGACUUUCGCCAUGCUCUACCACGCUGUUGUCUUAAUUCGAGGUCGAAUGCGGAAAGCCCAGCGGUCCGACGUCAGCACAAGUUAUUGCCCCUCACUGAGCCAGCCAUCCCUGAUUAUCCACAUUACUGUCCCAUGUUUGGUUCUGCUCAGCCUGUUGCCGGCAUUGUUCCUGGCGGCUUAUGGUUCACUAUUUCGCUUCUGGCAGCCAGCGAAACGCACGCAGUCCGGCAUUCUCGUUUGCAACAUGCUCAACAUCUUUGCGCGGGAGUGCGAGCCAACCUUGUACGACAUUGGCAGCCUGCAAAUCGCCGGAAUUACGUUCGGGAUACUAGUGUGGAUCUUUCAUUUUGCCCUGCUGCUGGUGGGUCUCCGACAAUUGAGACGCGCCCGGCUCGCCAAACAGCUGCAGAGGGAGAAGAUGGCUCAGUAUGCCCGGGGCGAAGAGAGAUCGUCGCGUAGGAGCCGACGAGGCUACGGCAGGGCGAAGGGAUCCACCGACCGCGAUGGUGCAGGAGACCAUGGCGCUUGGCACCAGCAUCCGCGUCCCGACCGGUACCAGCGAAGUGGUUCGAGUUCUAGCUCGAACUCUAAGUCUCGGUCGGGGUCUCAAUCAGGAUCAAGAAGCAAUUCGCUUGUGGGAGGAGUCGGUGAAGCACAGCGUGGUAGGACAGAGGCCAGCCCCCAAGGCGAACGACAGCUUCAGAACCACCAGGAGGUGCCUAUUUUCUUCAUUCAGGCCCCCGACGCAUCGCACGCGCCCACGUCGAGGCGACCUGGAUGA